AUGAACACCAAGUUUCAGCAAAACCUGACAGAUGAAUACUGCUUUCCUGACAGCAACUACUCUUGCAGGAAGGAGGUGCGAACCAGCAGCAGUGCCUUCUUCCUCUUCCUCUUCCUGUCAUGCAUCUCUUUAGCCACUGUGCUUCUUAACCUGCUGGUGAUCAUCUCCAUCUCCCAUUUUAAACAGCUGCACACUCCAACCAACCUGCUCAUCAUGUCUCUGGCGGUGGCCGACCUCCUUGUGGGACUCGUAGUGAUGCCUGUGAACAUAAUGGACUUGAUAGAUAAUUGCUGGUAUCUCGGGAGAGCCCUGUGCUCAGUUUAUCCCAUAGUUAAUUAUAUUUCUGUGUCGGCUUCAGCCGGCAGCUUGGUGUUCAUCGCAGUUGAUCGGUACAUCGCCAUAAACAACCCUUUGCUGUAUUCCACCCAAAUCACGAUUUGUAAAACCUCCUUGUUUAUAGUUCUGACCUGGUCUUGUGCUAUUCUGUAUAACACUUUAUUUUAUUUCUUCAGUGGCCACCUGCUCGAUCCGGACAUGUUCAACAAAUGCCUUGGCGAAUGCGUGGUGGUCCAAAGUUACUCUGCCUCUAUGGCAGACUUAUUUAUUACCUUCAUUGGGCCUUGCACCACCAUGCUGUUUUUGUACCUGAGAAUUUUUAAAGUGGCAAGAUACCAGGUCAAAUCCAUCAACACCGUGGAGUGCGACAAUGCACAUGGGCGUGGGGUUAAAAGUGUGAAAAACAAAGCUGUAAAAACCUUAGGCAUUGUCAUUUUUGUGUACCUUUCUUGCUAUAUUCCUUAUUAUUUGAAUUCUCUGUCUGUUGCAAGUCUGUCGUCUAUGUCAGUAGUGUGGAUCGUGCUUAACUGGCUGAUAUACAUCAACUCCUCUUUAAACCCUCUGAUCUAUGCUAUAUUUUACCCCUGGUUCAGAGCCUCUGUUAAGUACAUUGUGACAUGCAGAAUAUUCCAGGCUUCUUCUUCCAUGUUUAAUCUGUUCUCAGAGCCUUUCUGAUUACACAGCCCUCCACAAAAAAAGUAGAAAAUAUCACUUGUAGUGUUGUACUUUACUCUUAUUUAAAAACGAACGCUUUAUCCAAUUUGAUGUAGAUGAUGUGAUGAAUUUGAUUGGGGUAGAGACACAGAUCCCAGAGAUGGAAAUAAAAAAAUGAAAAGGCAGGUUUCAGAUUAUUGUUGUUGUAAUCAUCACCUCGCUGUUUAAUCAUGU